UGUUAUUUCCCCGUUGCCAGGAGACACAGAGAGAAGCGGAGCCGGAAAGAACUUUAUUCCUACAGAAACCUCCGGGCAUCGAGCGAUUUGGGGUACCCAGGCCGAGAGGAGAGAUGUCGGGGCUGCUGGUGACACCGCGCUGGAAGGGGAAUCUCAGUCGCGCCUCCACCCACGUGUCGGUUACAGAAGAUAUUGGGGACCCGCAGGAGGCCCCCCCCAAACCCAGCACAGAUGGAGCCCUGAACCUGGAGAGGCUGAUUGACUGCAGUGAGGAAGUGAUGAGCUGCCAGUUUAACCCCUCGGGGACUCUGUUGGCCGUUGGACUGACCAGGGGGACAAUACAGAUUUACUCGCUGGCCAAUGGGAAUUGUGUUCAUUCCCUAAAGGAUAAUCAGACUGCGGCCAAUCAGCUGCCGGUAACGGCCAUCAGAUUCCUCCCCGGCCGGCAGGACUCCCAGGGGGAUCUACUCCUGGCAACCUAUGCUGGAGGGCAAGUGAAGUUCUGGCACAUCUCUACCCAGACGUGUGUCCGUACGCUCAGCGAGGGCAGACAGACUCUCACGGUGGCCAUUAGCCCCUCCGGGGGGCAAUUCCUCACCGCAGGAUCCACAGACGAUAUCAAUGUGUACGAUACAGAUACAGCCACGUGUGUGAGCGUCUGCCAGCCCAGUUCUUCCCACAAACUGAUGGACGGCCAUCGCUCACGUAUCUUUGGCCUGGCCUUCCACCCGACCAAUGAGGAGAGCUUUAUAUCAGGGGGGUGGGACAAUACGGUGCAGUUCUGGAACACCGGAGAGAAACACUCGCUAGGGAAGAUCUCUGGUCCCCACGUCUGUGGAGAUUCCUUGGAUAUCGACCCACAAACCAAUCAGAUCCUAAUUGGCUCUUGGAGGAAGGAGGAAAAUCUGCAGGUCUGGGACUAUAACGCCCGGCAGAAGAUACAGACUGUUCCGAAUGACUUUAGGGGACCCUCAAGGAUAUACAGCAGCCGGUGGCUGGGCGCCGGUCACAUGAUCGCGGCAGGAAGUGACAUCAACAUGUGUCGCGUUAUAGACAGAAGCACUCUAAUGACACGGGGGUGCCUGGUCGACCUUCCCGGAGGCGUUUACAGUUUGGACGUCUCCUGUUCCGCCGCCCAAUCAACGCCGCUUAUUGCCGUGACCUCCAGCCAGAGCGUCUUCCUGCUGCGCCCCACCGAGGGUUUGCUCCCAUAAUGCUCUCUUGCUUACCCACAAUCCCUUUCCUCUAGGGGGGAGCGUAUAGCUGGGGAACCAAUGUGAGUGCAGUGCUGUGUUCUCUAUAGAAGUUGAUGAAAAACCUAAUUACACAUGGAAACCAAUUCCCCAAUGAGAAUUCUACUGACCCAAAACUUCAUU